CCUCAUAGAUAUCAGAUUUGCCUCUUCCAGGUGUCUUAGUGAAGAUGAUCAGAGCAGUGACCCUUUUGCUCCCCUUGACUUUCAUCUUCUUCACCGUAGCAGAUGCUAAGAGAAUACUUCCACUGCCUCUGCCUCUGCCUCUGCCUCAGCCUGUCAAAUCUUUCAAGAUCAAUGCUACCCAGAAUGCGGGGAGCUGCUCUUACACAGUGUCAAUAAGGACAAGCUGUUCGUCGACCUCCUAUACACGAGAUCAGAUCAGUCUUGCGUUUGGUGAUGCUUCUGGCAAUCAGGUUUAUGCACCAAGGCUGGAUGAUCCAUCUUCAAGGACAUUUGAGAGGUGUUCUACUGAUACAUUUCAAAUAAAGGGCCCCUGCACGUACCAAGUUUGCUAUCUGUACCUCUACAGGAGUGGAAAUGAUGGAUGGAAACCAGAGAGUGUGACUGUCUAUGGCUACUAUACCAAGUCUGUCACAUUUAAUUACAACACUUUUAUUCCUUAUGGGGUUUGGUAUGGCUUCAAUCUGUGUAAUGGAGGGGCUUCUGCAUCCUCAUGAACAAUGUAAACAAAUGGGGUUCUUGCUGAUGUUAUCGAGUCACUUUGGGGUGUUUUGCUGCUGUGAUUUCUUGUUAACGUAUUCAGGUCUGUCAGAGAUUUGAAACAUAUUUUGGAGAAAUAAUAAUCCUUGUUAAUGACUGUAUUUUUUUGGUAAA